AUGUGCUUCGAAAGAUGCAAUGUUUGUUUGGUUGUGCUUGCAAAUUUUGUUAUCUCUAUGUGCGGCAUAGUGCUUAUCAGCCUCUCCAGCUCUCCACUGUCCGAACGCGGAUGGUUCCUCACUUGGCUCAUCGGCCGCGCCACCUUUCGGCAGCGCGAAUUGGUUCGUUUGAUGCUGUGGCCAGACUCGACCUUAUCGUCAACCUCCUCCACACGCCCUUUUGCAACCUCUAAUUCUUCUGACGGCCUCACUCUUGCUCUCCUCACCGUGGUCCCGUCAUCGGAAGCUGUGGAACAAGAUGGCAAGGAAGACUCUCUCCUCUUUACACUUGAUCGCACGAUCUCGAAAUUGAUCUUUGCAGCAGGUUUUGUGCUGAUGCUGGUUGCAAUUGUUGGUCUACUCAGCUUCUGUAUGGGGAGCUACCGACUCCUGCUCGUCUACGUCCUCCUCCUCCUGGCCGUCGGGAUUGUGUCUUCCAUCUUGAUUGGCCUCUUCUACACCAACCAGGAGGUGGUACGUCGCCAUUUCACCGUAAGAAUGCACCAAAAGGUGCAAAGUCAAUACACAUGGCACCGGAACCAUAUACCCUACCGGGUUGAACCAGGAUUCGUCCGACUCUGGGACAGGGUGCAGAGUGGCUACCGAUGCUGCGGCAUCUUCAACCACACAGAGUACAGUCUCCUGCCCCGUACGGAGCCAGCGAAGGACUUGGCCGUGGGCGAAAGGGAGGACGAGGUCCAACCGCCCGAUGAGAUGGUCACAAUGCCGAUGCUGGCGUACAUGUGGUCGAAGGAGGAGGUGGCGGUUGCGGCCAACGGCUCUGUGUUGUCACAGGCCUGCUGUAGGCACUUGUACGACCUGACCUGCUGGACGAAACCGGACGCCCACAACAGUUGGAUAGCGCAUGGGUGCGCUGAUCAAAUUUGGCGCUUGAUUGAGAAAAGUCACUUUGACAUCAGGAGCCUGUUCAUCCUCCUCGAGAUGGGCUUGAUAUGGCUUAUCAUACUCACUCUGAUCACCUUGAGACAUUCUUCACAAUGCAAUGUCAUGUGCUGA